UUCCUCCAGUCGUUCUCCUCCAUGCUCAGUAAACACAAGCAUGGAGGCUCUUCUCCGGACAUAGCGUCGAGCAGCGGGGGAUGCCGACGCCGCAGCGCCUCUGCUCUGCAGCCGAACGAGGAGGGAGACGUGGGAGACUGGCCGUUUCCCCCUUUUUUCGCUGAUUUUCCGGGGAAAGCGAGGCGGCAGCGGCGGGGGGAAAGCGGGACGGCUGCCCUGGCUGCAAAACCAUGAAGCGGCACAAUGGCCUGGUCUCUCCUCUGGGGAGCAACAACUCCGCGCCCCCGCCCCACCAGCGCGCCGCCACGGCGGGGUCCCGCGGGCCGGCCCUGCCGCCGCCCGCCGCGGGCAGCCCGCGGGCCGCCCCGGUGGUGAAGAGCGAGCUGACCUGCCGCUGGACGGACCGCUGGUCCAAGCGGCCGCCGCUCGGCCCCGCGGCCAGCGUGUGCGAGCAAACUUUCAGCUCCAUGCACGAGCUGGUGGACCACGUGACCAGCACACACGUGGCCGGGGGGCUGGAGAGCCUGAGUCACGUCUGUCUGUGGGACGAGUGUCUGCGCGGGGGGAAGGCGUUCAAAGCCAAAUACAAGCUCAUCAACCACAUCCGCGUGCACACGGGCGAGAAGCCCUUCUCCUGCGCGUUCCCGAGCUGCGGGAAGAUGUUCGCGCGCUCCGAGAACCUCAAGAUCCACACGCGCACGCACACAGGUGAGAAACCAUUCCAGUGUGAAUUCUGCGAGCGCCGCUUCGCCAACAGCAGUGACCGUAAAAAGCACUCGCAGGUUCACACUGCCUCCAAACCCUACGACUGCAAGGCCCUGGGCUGCACCAAGUCCUACACCCACCCCAGCUCCCUCCGCAAACACAUGAAGAUCCACGUCAAGUCGUCCCCUUCCUCCGAGCCUCAGGACAUGUACACCUUCAUCCCUCACCAUCAGCAGGCCGACCCGGCCGCCCUCGAACCUCUGGACCUUAAAACAAACCACUUCUCCUCAUCCCUCCCCAACAAAAAUGCUCACUUCCCUCUCCUGUCCAGUCACGAAUUCGACAUCAGCUCAGACAGCCAGGCGGACCACAAGGUGCUGCUGCGGAGCUCGUCUCCGUCGGUGAUGCCUCUGGACCUGUCUCUGUCCGGCCUGAAGAGCCAGCUGAGCCAGAAGCAGCAGGGCAGCCGGACCCCGAGACGGAGCCAGCGGUGCGUCAACCCCGCCUUAACCCAGCUGUCCAACAUCAAGGAGUGGUACGUUUGUACCAGGACUACAGUCCCACACUUCCCCCUGCUCCACCCAGACCACAUCAAAUCAGAGUGCAGCAACGACGACGAGUACAUCACGUAACCAGGGGGAGCCGCUCUUAUCUGGACACGCAGAACCCAGUCAGGCCCGGACCAGGAGUUUGAUGCUUCAGCAGGGGUCGGACUAGUGAAGGACAUCACCAGACGCAAGCAUAUCUACUGUUUCACUACAGGAAAUCCAUUACAACACUAUCUAAAACUUUGCCAGAAAGGGAGUCCGUCAACACAGGCAGUUUCUACAGGAAACACCUGAUCCAGACUAACACGUGGACCAAAGAACAGUGAGGUGCUUUUGGUCUAAAACAAUGUGAACAGGGUGUUUGAAGACAAUGAUGUCACAAAGUCACAGAUUGUUUAAGGGCUCUACUGAGCUGGAGCAUUUUUAAAGGGCUAAAUCAAAUCACGGGCAGAAUAUCAGGUCCAAAAACAUCAGUCACAUGAUCAGAACCACUGGCUCAUAUUUAAAAACAAUAGGUCCCAAACAUCAUGUUCAAUAUACAGGACUGUCUCAGAAAAUUAUAAUAUUGUGAUAAAGUUCUUUAUUUUCUGUAAUGCAAUUUAAAAAAACAAAAAUGUCAUACAUUCUGGAUUCAUUACAAAUCAACUGAAAUA